AUGUCAUUCUCCGACGACCGGCUAUGUCCCAUUUGCGCCAACCUCAACAUCGAGGGUCUCUUUGAUCCGACUCGUUUCAAAGGCCUACCGCCAGCUCCCUCGCCCGAGAGCGAGGCUGUCAGAUGGGACAACUAUAUCCAACAUGCCGCAACCUGGAGACGUCUCACUCGAGAAGAAAUCGUCGCACAUUACCCGCCAGGCAUAGUCCCCAGCUGUCCCUUUUGCGAGAUUGUGGGUGGCAUUGGGCACUUGCUCGCUGCUGGGCGCCCCCUGAACCCCAAUAGCCAUACCCCACGUGAGACGAAGAAGGUCCUGCUAGCUAUCCCAUCAGACCUUCUUUAUGAUAUAGCCACGAGCAGGAGGGAGCAAUAUGCCAUGAAUGCCACAGCAUCAGUCUUCCUACUCAUAAUGGACCAGGUCCAAUACGAUGAGGCCAAGGCCAAGUCGUUUGGCAGCACAUCUUUGUUUGUGCGGUUCGCCCAUCGAGACUUCCCGGGAUCCUUAGUAUCACUGGUUGCGAAUCAGUCCCUCGACCUUCGGCGCCCUCUUGACCUGCCCAUGCAGGGACGACGUUUUCUGGAGGAAAAGAUUGACUACAAAUUUAAAAGUAUAAUUAUCCAAAUCUGCCGGGAUGGAUUACCCCCCGUGAUCCUCGACACGAUGCGCGCUGUCGUCAAGCUUGGAUUCCGAUACGUAUGGAUCGACCGCUACUGUAUCUGGCAAGAUGACCAGAUCCACAAGAUGAGCCAGGUUGAAAGGAUGGAUCAGAUAUACAGCGACGCAGAGCUCACCAUUGUCGCCGUCGGAGCCAAGGAUCCUAGCUACGGGAUUGCCAGGUUUGACACUAAGCCGAACUCAACACAUUCCUAUCAAUAA